UGUCUCUGCUGGAGAAGUACUGCAGUGCAGGGUUGUCUGAUGUUUGGGCAGCGAGCUCCUUUAAAGGCUCCACCUGCGUUCACACCUGUGUGCCGAGCACCCAGAGACACCUGGAGAACCACGAGAGGUGGCUUCAGGUCGCUGCGUCCGUCUCUGCUGCCGUGCACCUGCAGGGCAUCGCUCUCACCGGCUGGCAACGGUACGACCACCUGUCCGUGCUGUGUGAGCUGAUGCCCGCGGCGCUCCCCUCUCUCGCAGCCUGUCUGCAGACGCUGAUCCUGGGUCAGUUCAGUGCCGAUGCUCAGAGACACGUGACAGAGAGACUGGGAAUCCCCUCAGUGGAGGUGGAGGACAUCGGGAGGACCUCUGCAGACGACUCUCUGUUCCCAGGACGGAGGCUGGCGGAGUUAACCGUGGAGCUCAAUGCGCUGCUGAACUCGGACGACAUACGAUUCUUUGACAACAACAUGUACGUCAGAGGAUGGUUCAGCCCGUUCCACAGACAGAGGAAGAUGGUCACCUCCCUCAUCACCCGGCAGAUUCACAGCCAAGCAUCAACGUAUUUGGCUACGAUCCAGGAGAAGGUGGAGGCUUUGAAAGAGGAGAUGGUUCGUCUUUACCCAGAUUCAACAGCUGAGGAGUGGAUCGAGGAGCACGUCAGCCCUGUGGUGGCUCCUCUGCAGAGGAUCAUGGAGGAUUUCUCUGCCUGUGUGACCGAAACGCAGCCUUAGAAUGUUUUACCAGCUCAAUAUCAGACUGCUUUUUGAUUCAUUUCAAUGUUGAUUUGUUGAUUUUUUGCAACCAGCACUUUAAGUGGCAACACAUCUGUUUUAGUUCUACCAAAUGGUGUAAUUGUGAGUGUUGUAACGGCAAAAACAACCUGAUUGCUUUUCAUUUACCUCUAAGCCUACUGACUACAAAUGUGGUGACUUAUUCAGACAAUUAGGGGUAAAAGCAAGAAAUCAGGGUUGUCGAAAUUACAGUAUAAUAACUUUAAUAAUUCUAAUAAAUCAUUUGUUGUAUUAAAGCAGUUAUGUUUCCCAAAGUCAGAUUGCAACUAACUAGCAUUUCAAGAUUCAAAUGGUUCAUUUCCACUUGUAAAUCUGCAUUAUAUUGCGUAAAAAGCAUAUUGUUCACUGCCAUGUUAAUACAAAUAUUAAAUACUUGAAAAAUCCCGCUUUAGGGUAAAUUUUUCCCUGAAAA